GCAAUUCCAAUCAAGGGAGAGGAUGUUGAGAUUAUUCAGCCCUUAUAUCCUAUGAUGUUUACGGAUCUUGUCUGCCUUCUCUGCAUCGGCGAUGACCGAUUCUCGACGCUAAAGCAUACCCGCCCAUUUGCGAAGAAGGAUCCACUGCAGAAGCAUCUUAAUAUCCAUGUAGCGAAUGGAGAGUUUAGACAAGGGUUCCGCUGUAAGCAUCCUUCUUGUUCAGAGUGGAUUGAAGGACUGGGGCAUUUCAAAAAUUAUGCAGCCUUUGUGCAUGGCGUAUAGCAUCCGAUUAAAAGACACUGCUAGUUAAGUCGCCUCGCC